AUGGCUAGUUCUCAUCAGUUGUCUCCCCGUACACCCGCGGAUGGUUGUGAAAGCCUAGAAUACACCGAUACCGACAUCUUGGAAUAUUCUUUUGAAGACAUUGUUCCUUAUAUUAAAAUAGUGCACAUUAAGAAUGCUACAACAUAUAUGGAAGAUAGCCAUGACAAGAAAGCACACCUAUCAAAGAAAAUGCACGACCUCUCUGUAAAACAAGCUGCUCUGAAGAAAAAAGAUUCUGCUCUGUAUGAAAAACAUAGACAGAUAAAGAAACGUUUACAUGACUUUUUGAAUACCACCGAUGUACAGACGAAAUUAAAGAAAUCCAAGUCAUUUAGUCAAAUCCAGAAAGUUUUAACCCAAUGUGCUGCACCUUUUAAACUUGUGACAAUACUGAAGAAUGGUAAAAAAUGUACAUUUUGUUAA